AUGGCCUUGUCCAAAGUCAAGGGCAGCUGGUCCGGCUCCCUCUCCGUUUCCUGCUACCUGGCCCCUGUUGCUGCCCUGGGCAGAGGAGAUGAGUUUGUCGCUGGCUGGGAGUUGAGGCCGAGUGACGAUGCUGCAUGGAGAAGGGGCUCUGGGGGUGGCAUCAUGCUGCAGCAGAUCUUGCAUGACCUGUACAUCGACCCUGCGCUCCUCGCUGAGCUCAGCGAUGUGCAGAAACACAUCCUCUUCUACAAAAUGCGAGAGGAGCAGCUGAGGCGCUGGAGGGACCGCGAGGCUUGGGAGGCGCUGGCCCAGGCAGAGGGCCUCAGGCCCCCAAAGGUCAAGCGAGAUGUCAGCGUUCCGCAGAGUGAUGUGAGGCUGUGCACCAGCCCACCGGGGUCAUUCCUUACUAAUGAGAACUGGGGCCUGUUUCUUUUCCUCCCUCAUUCCUCCUCCUGCUGUGAGGCAGCGAGCGACAAGCACAUCCAGUGGCUCCAGGGGGCGGACGGCGAGGUCUGGGUCUGGAUCAUGGGAGAAGGCCCCGGCGACAAGCCCUACGAGGAGCUCUCGGAGCAGCUGAUGGCGGAGCGGGCGCGGCUGCAGGCGCAGAGGGAGGCCGAGGAGCUGUGGAGACAGAAGGAGGCAGAGAUCACCAAGAAGUUCCGGGAUGCUCUGGCCAAUGAGAAAGCCCGGAUCUUGGCAGAGAAGUGGAAAGUGGAGAUAAAGGACCGGAAGGCUGCGAAAGUUUUGGAGGAGCGCAUCCAUGAGGAAUUCAAGAGGAAAGAGGAAGAGGAGAGGAAGCGAGGAGAAGAGCAGAUUCGCCUCCAGGAAGAGCAGAGGGCGAAGGAACUCUACUGGAGCCUGAAGCAGGCCCAGCUGCAGAGCCACGCCAGUGAGAGCGAGGAGCGCCAGUGGGAAGAACAGUUGCGUCGGUCCAAGGCGGCGGACGAGGAGCAGAGCCGCCGCGCCCAGCGCGCCCGGGACGAGUACCGGCGCCACUCGUUGCGCGCCAUCCAGAAGGGCACGGUCGCCGGCCUCAGCUCCAUGUUCCGAGAGCUUGGCCAGAGCCACGAGGAGGCCAGACUCUACCACCACCUUCCGGGGCUUGGUCCGCCUCUGCCCCUCUCGGUGCCUGGCAGCAGGACUUGGGAGCGCCCACUGCGUCCUGUCUCCAGAGAAGUCAUAGUCCGCUGGUUUCGGGAGGAGCAGCUGCCUCGUCGAGCUGGCUUCGAGAGGAACACCAAGUCCAUCGCCCCUUGGUUCCACGGAGGAAAUUAUCACUGUUUCAGGGGGAGAGUUGCUGCAGGAACCUUGUGGACAGAGGGACAGCCCACCAGACUACCAUCUGUUGUUUGAAUGAUUUUUUUCUUUCCUGUCAAUUGGAUU